UUUUGAUUAUUUGAAAGAUCAUGGCGAUAAAGUACGAAGGACGUGCUGUUGGAAUAGACCUUGGAACUACUUAUUCGUGUGUUGCUGUGUGGCUGGAGAAUCACAAUAGAGUAGAGAUCAUCUACAACGACCAAGGCAACAAAACAACACCGUCUUUUGUUGCUUUCACCGAUGAUCAAAGGUUGAUCGGUGAUGCUGCUAAGAAUCAGGCUGCAACCAAUCCUGAAAAUACUGUUUUUGAUGCUAAGAGAUUAAUUGGUAGGAAGUUUAGUGAUUCAGUUGUUCAAAAAGACAUGAUGUUGUGGCCAUUCAAGGUCAUCGCCGGUGUGAAUGACAAACCCGUGAUUGUUGUUAAGUACAAGGGUCAGGAGAAGCACUUUUGCGUGGAGGAAAUAUCAUCUAUGGUCCUUACGAAGAUGCGAGAAAUUGCAGAGACAUAUCUAAUGUCACCAGUGACAAAUGCUGUUGUUACUGUGCCUGCACAUUUCAAUGAUUCUCAGCGAAAAGCCACCAUAGAUGCCGGUGCAAUUGCUGGCCUUAAUGUCAUUCAGAUAAUUAAUGAACCUAGCACUGCUGCAGCUAUUGCGUAUGGUUUUGACAAGAGAAGUGACUGUGAUGGUAAACGGAAUAUUUUGGUCUUUGACCUUGGCGGUGGUACUUUUGAUGUGUCUAUCCUUACCAUCAAGGGCGAUGUCUUUGAAGUAAAAGCCACUGGUGGAAAUACUCACCUUGGAGGAGAGGACUUUGAUAAUAGAAUGGUGAGCUACUUUGUAGAGGAGUUCAGAAAGAAGAAUAAAGUGGACAUUAGUGGUAACCAGAAAUCCUUAAGGAGGUUGAGAAUUGCGUGUGAGAGGGCAAAAAGGACACUCUCUUUUGCUUUAGUCACCACCGUUGAGGUCGAUUCUUUAUUUCAGGGAAUCGACUUCUGUUCAUUAAUCACUCGUGCCAAGUUUGAGGAAAUUAAUAUGGAUCUUUUUAAUGAGUGUACAAAAACCGUUGAGAGUUGUCUUAGCGAUUCAAAAAUAUGCAUGAGUGAUAUCGAUGAUAUUGUUCUUGUGGGUGGCUCGUCUAGGAUUCCCAAAGUGCAAGAUAUAUUGCAAGACAUUUUCCCGGAGAAAGUUUUAUACAAGAAUCAACCCGACGAGGCUGUUGCUUAUGGUGCAGCUAUUCAAGCUGCUAUUUUAAGCAAAGGAUUCAAGAAUGUCCCAAACUUGGUGCUGCAAGAUGUUACCCCAUUGUCACUUGGUAUCGCAGUAGGUGAUCAUGUCAUGAGUGUGGUGAUUCCAAGGAACACUACCGUGCCUGUCAGGAAGACAAAAGAAUUUAAAACUGCUGAUGAUUAUGAUAUUGGUGUUGUCUUGAUUAGUGUUUAUGAGGGUGAGAGAGCAAGAGCGCAAGACAACAAUCUGCUUGGUUCGUUCAAGCUUUCUAUCCGUCGAGGUGCUCCUCGUGGCACCCCCUUGGAGGUAUGUUUUUCUAUAAAUGAAAAUGGCAUUUUAACAGUUUCUGCCAAGGAAAUAUCUACAGGAAAUACGAAUCAGAUCACCAUCAACAAUGAAAAAGAAAGAUUGUCAACAUUUGAAAUUAACAAAAUGAUUGCAGAUGCUGAGAAAUACCACAUGGAAGAUAAGAAGUUUUUAAAGAAGGCCACAGUAAUGAAUGAUUUGGAUUAUUGUGUUUACAAAGUGAAGAAUGCCUUAAAGAAGAAGGAUGUUAAUUUAAAUCUCUCCCGUAAAGAAAGGGAAAAGAUCAACAAUGCAAUUACCGUCACAACAAGCUUGCUUGAUAAGAAUAACAACAAACAGCAGAAAAUAGAUGUUGUUGAGGAUCAUCUCAAGGAGCUGGAGAUUUUGUUGGAAAAGCUUGUAGUCAAUACUGGCAUUGAGAAUAAACCCAAAUCUUUUUUUUAGGAUCU